AUGUCAGGAAUUCUGCCAUGUAAAGGCUGCCAGCGGAACUUCUGCCAAGGGCAUAUGAAUGAACAUCGACAAGAACUAGAAGGUGAUUUCCAACGUUUAUUAAGUGAUCGAGAUUUACUUUAUCAACAAAUAUAUUCCGAAACUCCAACUGAUCCCCAAGCAUUUGAUUAUAUCUCAAAAUGGGAAAGAAAAACUAUUGAGAAGAUAGAAAUGAUUGCUGAUCAAGCUCGACGACAGGUGCAAGAUCUGCUUGAUGAGAAGAGACUUAAAGUAAAAGAGAAAUAUGAUCAAUUCUCGGCUGAACUUCGUCAAAGAAAAGAAUCUAGUCACUUUUUCGAACAGGACAUUGAAAUAUUGAGUAAGACACUUGAGCAAGUGAAACGUGAUUGUGAACAUAAGGCCACUUCGACUACGGUGACCGUUAAAGCUCGGACAAUCGAUUUUGAUCACAUUUUACACAUAACGCUGAACGCGAAAACAAACAGCCAUCAAAAUCAGUUAUUUAUAGGUGGAACACUACUAGAUGAAAAACAACAUCAAUCCAAACUGAAUGAAUUUUAUGGAAACCAAAAUCAACAAUGGGAGUUGAUUUACAAAUCUACAAGAGAUGGCUUUGCCGUCAGCGACUUCCAUCGUCACUGCGACGGCAAAGGCCCAACGAUGGUAGUUAUCCAAUCCAAAAACGGCGGCUAUCUCUUUGGUGGCUACACAGCUGUCCCAUGGAAUUCAAAUGACCAAAAUGCAGCAGACCCAUCAGCAUUUAUUUUCACUCUUACAAACCCAAACCAUCUUCCAAUAACAAAGUUUAGUAUUAAACCGGCAGAAAGCAACUACGCUGUAUGUCAUCAUAAACAGUAUGGACCAAUAUUUGGUUAUCAUUAUGGUGAUCGUGAUGAUUAUGAUUAUCGUCGUCGUGGUCUUCUUGAUCUUCUUGGUGGUCUUGAUCUUCUUGAUCUUCGUCUUGAUGAUCUUUUUGAUAUUGCGGUGAUCGAAGUAGACGGCAUGUUGAACAGGAGUUUCAUUGGGUUUCCUGUUUGCUACAUUGAUACACUAGGUCACAGGGAGAACACAUUUACUGGAAGUGGUAGUUGUGAAGUUAACGAGAUUGAAGUGUACAGUGUACAGUAA